AUGAUUCGAAAUUUAUUUUUACUGUUAGGUUUUCUAGUAUUUUUCAAUAGUGUUUUAUGUCAAGAUGAAGGUUUGAAAAUAUUUCGAGAAAAAACUUAAAUUUGUUGUUUUUCAGUAGUUGAGGAUGGAGAAUAUGAAGAACAAGUUGAAAGAUUCAACCCAAAUCAUGGUUGGUAAAAAACAUUGACUUUUUGAAUCAAAAUAUUCUGAAAUUUUUCCAGAUAUUCCACCAGAACCAGUGGAGAUUCGAGAUUCAAAAAACCCGUUUGAUUUAGGUAACUUCUAUUUAUCAGAUAAAAACACAUAAAUAAAAACAGUUGCAUCUUUUCUUUGUUUUUUUCAGGGCAAGAUGAAAUGAGAAGUCACAUCAAGGACAUUAUUCGAGGUUUCUCUGAUAAAGGUUUUGAUGUAAGUUUGAAUUUUGAAAUUCAUUUCAUUGUCAAAAAUCUUCCCACAGGAAUCGGAUAAUAACAAAGAUGGUUUUCUUGAUGUUUCUGAAAUUGAGACAUUUAUCAACGAAAAAAUGGGAUAUCUUCUCAAAGUCAAACCCGCUUAUGUUAUUCAUCAUUUUGAUAUGAACAAAGAUAGGAAAUUGAACAAGGAUGGUUAGUUUCAUUUAUUUUUAAUUGGAAGCAAGUUCUCUCGUCGCGUUCGUGGUGUAAUGGUCAGCAUGGAUGCCUUCCAAGCAUUCGACGGGGGUUCGAUUCCCCCCGAACGCAGAUUUUUUUUUGUUUUUUGAAUAUACAUAGAUCUUGCAAAAAGUUUUCGUUUUGUUUGAAGUUUUGAAACUGAUUGAUAAUCUAACUCUAGAAUUGUUUAAUUUAAAAGUUUUUUAUUCUAAAAUCUCUGCACGUCAAGCUCGGAGUUCAGAAUUCCGAAGAAAAACGUUUUAUUUUUUGCAGAAGUGUGGAUGAUUGUUGAGAAAAAAGAUCCAGCUCUAUUCAAAGUUCGGCCAGAAAUAAUGGAACAGAAUAUGAUGGUUAUGCAAGGAAUGCAACCCGAUCAUUUUGUAGAUGACGAUGAUAAUCAACAAAAAGACGAAGAUUUUCAUGAUGAAUUCUAA